GCGCAAUCGUAGAUUCAACGGUGAUGGAGAGAGGUGAUUCAGUCACCGGCCGUCACAGGAUCCCAGUUGGAGGGUCACUCUCAGUCAUCGCCGUCAUCCAUAUUUUGGACUGUAAAUGACAUUUAUGAUCAUUAUCUCCCAAAGGUCACAUAGAGCAUAGUAGGAAAACUUCUCAUCUCUGUGGGCGCGUGAAGGUCACUGUCGCCUGCUUCUGCGCGGUUGCCCUAGUUCUUUGGUCCUUUCUCUCUCCACAAGGACGGGUAACUCGACAGGUUCUCGCAGGUCGUGCAUGGCGACUUCUGUUCAUAAUAAGAAACGGCCAGCCCUUGCGCCACCACCUCCUCCUCUGGGACCUGAUUCCCCACUGUUCAUGGCAUAUGCCGACACCCCCUCCCUCACUCUCUUGCCUGAUCAGCUUCGCCAUUGCUCCGAAGCCCUCGCCUUGCUCAAGAAGAAGAUACAAACCCCUUUCAAGCUAAACCAGGAGUUCGAUGCCUUACAGGUGAAUGACUUCAAUGUGCUUUGUGACGUCGAAAGGAAUUCUGGAAUUUCAAAAGGAAAAUCACGCUCUUGUUCACAUUCCAAAGAGUAUAGCAGACCAAAUGGUAAAAGAAUCUGAUCUCAUU